CCGGGAGCGCUGCUGCAUCAAAGGUUGGAAAGGGAAGUAAGGGUCGUAGUACAUCUCGACUUGUUAUUUAUGCCCCUCGGAGAUCAUGGCUACAAUUACAUCUUCGAUGCGCGAGACAACGUAUCUGGCUUUUUGGAUGGGCGGGUCAUUCGUACGAAGACUGGGUUCGUCCUGGUUAGCUGCAUCGAGGAGUAUUACCUGCAUUAUCCUUUUGUCAGAGAGUUCGUAAUGGAUAGAGGAUCGGAGUGUACCUGUCAGGAGGUGCAAGAGUUGUUGUCAAGGAAUGGUGUAGUAGCUAAUUACACCACGACUGCGCACCCUCAGGCAGAUGCUCCAGUGAAAAGAGGGCACAACAUCAUUAUGAACCUGUUGGCCAAAUGGACUGAAGGUAGGCCCAAUCAAUGGCCAAGGUAUCUAAGGGCGGCAUUCUUUGUUGAGAAUAUUACGGUAAGGAGGACCACUAAGUACGCAUCGGUUACGCUAUGGUCUGACUUUGCGAAGACGGCCAUGCCAAGAGGAGGGAGGGGGACACGACUGUCACAGAGGUCGUUGGGAGCAUCAGGAGGAUAUGAGCGGAAUGGGUCUCACAACCGAGAGAGCACGCCAGUGUACGACGAUGGGGAUAUUGAGUUGUUCCUGGACGAGUUCUGGGGGUACGCUAAUCAUAUGGGUUGGACCAUGACCCAGGCAAUCGGGAGGUUGAGAAGAGUUGACAGAUUCACAGAGCCCUUCGCACAGAUCCGUAGGGAGACGAGGACGAGGCCAGAGGUGGAGGCGAGGACGCAGGAGCUGGCGCACUUGAGGGAGGUAUUCCGACGGCCAGAACAGCCGCAGCCCAGAGUAGAGAGACGCCUGAGGAGCAGGAGGCAGAGGGACCCUGAGCCCACUGAGGCCAGGCUGUUGCAAAGGGGACGAAAGGCGCUCUCCAGGCGGGAGGAGGAGAUGGUGCCUGAGACUGAGGGGCAAGGGACAUAUCCCGAGUACGGAUUAGGACCGGUGAAGUUCCAUCGUUUUCCUGAAGGAGGACAGGGAGUAUCUCCACUGCACAUAUGGGAGGAGGUGUCGGUAUCUAGAGAGUCAUUACAAAAGUUGGAGGCACACUUGGACGUCUCCCAGUGGAAAAUGCCGCCGGUAAGUGAGAGGCGUGACGAGCCAGUCGAAGGGGUGCCGCGAAAGGAAGUUCAGAGCCUUGAGCGUGAGAGAGGACCAAGUACUGAGGGAGGACGCGUUGAGGAGGAGGUCAUAGAGGUUGAGGAGGAUACCCCUCCUCAGAUGCCAGCUGUGGGAUUGAGGCUUGGGAGUCCGCCAAGGAGCGCACCUAGGGGAAGAGAGGAGUCACAAAGAGAGGAGGUGCGACCACCACUGCCAAAGAUGGUCCCGCCGCCAGAAGGAAUGGAGGAAAGAGAGACUGAGAGAGCUGACCAGAGGAAAAAGGCACUCGCGUUGAUUGACAGGCAUCUGGCCGAACAGACACUUAAGCACCCUGACCUGGAGGAGCCCGUGCCUAUGGAACCGCCUCAAGAGCCGUAUGGAAUCAAAGAAAUGUGGAAAGAGUUCCUUAUCCAACAUGGCAAGGAGUUAACGGCUCCAGACAAGGCGGGAGUCGAGACCUCACAGAAAGCGGAUGAGUAUUUGGACCGAAGGAUCCGCUCCCUGUCCAAGACAUCCUUCGACAAAUACAUGAUGUUGGAAGUUGAUCUGAGGGGGAAAGAGAUGAGGGAGACAAGUCAGGGAGUGCGUUUGGAGGCCGUCGAGGUUGAGGUCCGCGAAUUCAGAGUAUUGGUGGUCAGUCAAGCCGCCAUCAUUCGGGACCUGGAACAGCAACUUCACGGGAGAAUGGGCAGGGCGGAGAGCAGCCGACAGGGGGAGCAGAGGCAGCCGGAACUCGACUUAUCAAGGCAGUCAGCCGCAACUGUACCUCAGUAGGGGUCGCCCAUGGGGAGAGUCAUCUUGGAACCUGAGGAAGUAAAGGCCCAGAGGGAGG